GCGUUGCGCAUACGUAGACUGUACAGAGGAAAAACGCAGCCAUUUCUCUGCUCCGCAUCAGCUGCAGGGGAUGGUGGCCUGUGUCCGUCUGCACAGAGAACUAAAGUAGCGUGCUGCAGCUUUGAUUUCAUCCCCAGACCCCGCUCGUGAAGUCUGAGGGAGAAGCGGGCAUCAUUGACCAAAACUUUUCCCCUCAAUGCACAGCCUGCGCAGCCACACAGGCUUUUGCGUUGUGCCCCACUUGCCUCGUUGCAGCCUGCGUUUGUUUCUGUACGAGCCAUGGAGGACGGUGUACGCGGAAGUUCCAGUGACGUCGGGGCGAUGCAUGUGAAAAUUGAGGCAGUCGAUGAAAAUGCAUCUGCGCUCGUUUUGGGCAGUCAGGAAGCGUCUGCGCCCUGCGGCGGUACCGCAUGCGGAGGAGGAGGGGGGCUGGGUGCCACUACAGAGGAGCUGGGUGACCCAGAGCAACAAGCAGCCACCAACACAACUCCUGUAAUGCUGUCAAACAUGAUGCUGCCCACUCCUUCAGAGAGGGCGCUCACCUCCAGCUCAGACUUCUCCUCCAAAGCUGUUUUGUGCCUGAUCGAGGCCGUUGGGCGCCGCUGGGGCCUGUACGAGACUCGGGAGCGCUCGCAGCUUUUUCAAAGUGUCCAGGAGGAGAUGGUCGCCAAGGGAUACGUUCUUCCUGUCGAAAAGAUCCGUCGCAAGUGGAACAACCUCAUUGUCACCUACAAGAGGGUUAAAGACCGCAGCCGUGAGACGGGGCACGCCAAGACUUCCUGGGAGUUCUUUGAUCUGAUGGAUGCCACACUUAGUGAUACUGUUGGUGCUCAGAUCAUCGGCAACAAAAAAAGCAAGGUUGGAAGCACCAUGUCUACACUAUCUGGCACUUUGUCAAAGAUCGCUGCUAAGCCUCAGGCUCCACAGUCCAACAUCAGCCGUUAUGGUGACUUUUCCACCACUGGUGCCGUGGAAUCAGUGGGCCAGGUUGCCGCCAGCGCUCAAAUCAGCAUCAUCGGCAACAACAGCGACACCAGCAUUUCAUCCAUGAACUCCAUGGCUACGACGACCAUUACCCCGGGAACAAAUGUGCCAGAACUCAAGCCCCUAAUCGUCCUGAAUGGUGACAUUGUUACCACCAGCAUUCAGCCAACUACACUCAGUCCAUCUCCCUCCUCCAUCACUUCACCCUAUUCUACGGACACAACUUCUCCUUCCCUUUCCCUCGGACUUACCACUAAUACAGACCUCACAGCCCACCGCUACAUAAGUCUUAAAGCUCCACCUCUCUCGUCAGGUGUUGUGCCCUUUCGUCUUAGCAACGCACAGCUGGGCAGCAAACAACACAACCUUCUCAGCAUGGCCUCGUCUUUCCCUCCUACAUCCUCCUCUCUCACGUCCUCUACUUCAACUUCAUUUUCCAGCGCCACCAUGACGGGCACGGAGGGACAGAACCAAAUGGGAAAUGAGGAGCAAAGCAGCGCCACUUGGCUCCAGGAGAUGCUGAGGCGGCAAGAAGAGCAGGCCUACCUUGACCGGGUGUCUCGGCGCAGGGCUGAAGCCAGGGGGAAAAAGCGCGAGAGGAGGGAGGUGCGCAUGGCAGAGUCCCUCAGCAGGAUAGCCACAGCGCUGGAGCUGCUCUCCUCCAAACAGGACACAGUCAUCGCCCUCCUGCAGAGACUGGCAGAUCGGAAGUGAUGUUGCGAUGUGCAUUCACAGGCUCUUAAACCUUUCUAACAAGGAACAUAGUCUCAUUAUUAAAACAUUCAAGUAAUCCUGUCAUGUGGUGAGCCCGAAGACCCUGACCUGAGACUCACAUGUGGUCCACAUCCAUUGACCUUGAUGUAACCAAGCUUGUCACUCUGCUAGAUUUCAGUGAAGUUAAACUGUAUGAUCAUAUCACUACAUCAAACUAAAGUGAACUGCGGUGUUUUGGAUUAUCCUGCAAAAUACAAACAUCAAGCCGGCUGCAGCACAUCAGCAUCAGAGUUCCUGAGAGCAAUAAUUCUAAAACAACUAUUUUGACGGGUUUUAUUCAUCACAUUAUAUAUUUAUAUUUACAAAACAGCAACUACUACACCACAAUUACAGUUGACUCUUAAAAAAGUGUCAGAUUCCAGCAUAUGCUUCUGAAAAACUAUUUGUGACAGCACCUACUCAACAUCCUAUCUUUCAUGAUGCGUCAUCUGUUUUUAUACUGUAUGUUCCAUGCAAAUUUUAAAUACAGAUUUUUCCAAACAAAAAAAGCCCACAAAACCUGUUGUGGUGCAGUCUACUUUUAAACUUUCUGCUCUUGCUGUCAAAUACUCAAGUUUUACGUCAGUGUGGAUGUCUUUAUCGUCCUGAGAAAGAAAUUUAAGUCAGUAAUGUCUGACUGCCACUAGAGGGUGCUCUUGAUCCACUACUGUUUGAGCUGCUGAAGUGAUUAUCUUAGUGUGGUCCCAUGAUGAAGGGGUGCUUGUUUGAAAAGUCAGAGAUUGACUUCUAAGUACAAGUGUAUGUAAUGGGAUAGUGGCUGUGUAUUAAAUUGUAUUGUACAUGA